AUGGACGUGCUUUUUGGGCAGAACACCUCCCAGUACGCCGGCAGGGGAGGCGGGCUGUUCCCUGUCAUCAUGCUCCAAAAACAACAGAGGCGGUGGUGGCGGCGCCGGGUCAAACGUGUCACUGUGGGUUUCCUCCUCAUCAGUGCAACUCUGCUCUACGCUCUUUCAACAUUACAGAUCAACUUCAAUCCAACAGAGCUUCCAGUGCCUCUCUCCUGUGCUCCCCAACCAGGCCAGAACAGCGCCAAGCUAACCACAAACAGCUCACAGCAGGACAAUAACAUCUGUGUUCCUAAAGUAGAUAUCAUGUUCAUGAAGACCCAUAAAACUGCCAGCAGCACUUUCCUCAACAUCCUAUUCCGCUUAGGAGAGAAGCACAAACUCAAAUUUGCCUUCCCAAACAGCCGGAAUGACUUCUUCUACCCCUCAACUUUUCAGCGCAUGUACGUUCAAGGCUUCCAAUCUGGAACGUGUUUUAACAUCAUGUGUAACCACAUGCGAUUCAAUGCAUCCGAGGUGGCCAAAGUGCUGCCCCGGGACACUUUCUACACCACAAUCUUGCGAGAUCCAGCAGAUCUCUUUGAGUCAUCCUUUCAUUACUUUAGUCAUGGUAUUCCUCUGACCUGGUGGAUACCAGGUGAGCAUAAGAUGGCCGAGUUCCUGCGGGAUCCUAAACAUUACUUCAGCCCAGACAGAUUUAGCUCCUUCUACCUGAAGAACCUGCUGUUCUUUGACCUUGGGCAGGACAACACUCUGGAUGCAGACGACCCGCGUGUAGAGGGCAGCAUCAAGGUCAUCGCUGAGCGUUUUCACUUAGUCAUGCUAGUGGAGCACUUUGAGGAAUCACUCAUCCUGCUUAAGGAUGCUCUCUGUUGGGAGAUGGACGACCUCCUCUUCUUCAAGCUCAACUCCCGUAUGAAAUCUACUGUACUUAAACUGACUCCUGAGCUUAGAGCCAAGGCCCUCCAGUGGAAUGGCAUUGACUGGAAGCUUUACAAACAUUUUAACCUGACCUUUUGGGAGAAGGUGGAGGCUUAUGGAAGAAAGCGUAUGGCGGAGGAUGUCGCAGAGCUCAGGAGGAGGAAUGUAGAAUUGAUGGAGAUCUGCAUUGAGGGAGGUCACUCCGUCAAAGCAGGAAGUAUUCAUGAGGCGGCCAUGCAGCCGUGGCAGCCCAUUGGAGAGAAGUCAAUCGAAGGAUACAAUUUGAAGAAGAAUGUAGACAAAGCCUAUCAGGAGUUGUGCCGAAAGAUAAUAACCCCGGAAAUUCAAUAUCUGACAGACUUGGGGGUUAACCUGUGGCUCACUAAGCUGUGGGGACAUGUCAGGAAAAUCAUUAACUGGUGA